AAAUCAGGUCACAGCUGUUGCCUUUCAGAGUUCUAAAUCCAAAAGAAAAUAUCCAGUCAUUUGUGUCUCUCCGCUACUGUAGCCAUUUUGUCGGAGUAAAUUUCUAUAUACGUUUAGGUUUGGCCUUUGUAGAAAUAAGUUCUGUGAUUGGCUUUGGGAACACUUGGGAUGCAUAUUUAGCUGGUUUAGAACUCUGUUGAUGAGAGUCGUUUUAUUUUGACGUAAAUUCUAAGUUCUGUGUAAUCCAGGCAUCUACUAGUUUUGUGUUUGACCUCGUUUAUUUAUCUAUGCGUUUUGUAGCAAUUAUGAAGUGCCUACAUUCAUUCAUGGCGUUUCCGUAUACCACAGUUUCGGUUUCUUUCUUGAUACGGAAAUACUCAACAAAAACUGAAUUGCGGCAAGUCCCAAAACGGUAUCUGGGUCAACCGAGCCCUUUUACUCAUCCACAUCUUCUGAAAGCAGGUGAAGUCACACCAGGACUGACACAGGAAGAAUAUGCCCUACGACGUUACAAGCUUAUGUCCCUCAUACAAAGAGAAUUUAAUGCCCUGGGUGGUGGCACGGACCAUGCUGUUCUCUUUUUUUCCAACCCUACAGUUUACAUGACUAAUGAUAUUCCUUUCCCAUUCCACCAGCAUAAUGACUUGCUUUAUAUGUGUGGGUUCAUGGAGCCAGAUAGCAUACUUCUCCUGCAGAACAAACCCGGUCUAACCCUUCCUUCACAUACUGCAACUCUCUACGUGCAGAAAAGAGAUGCAACACGAGAACUGUGGGAUGGGCCACAAUCUGGAACAGAUGGUGCAGUCGCCCUUACUGGGGUAGAUGAGGCUUUACCAAUUGAAGAGUUCAAACUUGUUUUGCCCAGGAUGCAUGAUGAAGGGGUGACAGUAUGGUUGGAUACUACUGGACCAGCACACACGUCUUUACACUCCAGAUUCCUGAAACCUUUGAUGGAAUCCAUAACCCAGGGAAAGAAAUCAGUAAGACCAACACAACAUCUAGUACAGAAGCUUCGACUCAUAAAAUCUUCAGCUGAGAUAGAGCUGAUGAAGAAAGCAAGCCACAUUUCUUCUUAUGCAUUUAUACAGACUAUGCACUCUUCUAAGGCUCCUGUUGAUGAAGCUUUCAUAUAUGCCAAGUUUGAAUUUGAGUGCCGUUCCAGAGGUGCUAAUAUUCUUGCAUACCCACCUGUGGUGGCUGGAGGGAACAGAGCCAAUACCCUGCACUAUAUAAAAAACAAUCAAAUAAUUAAGCCAGGAGAAAUGGUGCUGUUGGAUGGUGGUUGUGAAGCAUCCUGUUAUGUGAGUGACAUUACACGUACGUGGCCUGUAAAUGGCAGGUUCUCAGCUGCACAGCAGGAGCUGUACGAGGCAGUGCUUGAAAUACAGAAGUCAUGUCUUGGCCUCUGUUUCCCAGGCACAAGCUUGGAUAGUAUCUAUCACCACAUGCUGAGUCUGAUGUCUAAAAAACUGAAGGACCUUAAAAUAGUACAGAAAGGCAGCCAAAUUUUAAAGGAUACUCGUCGUUACUGCCCUCAUCAUGUUGGCCAUUAUCUUGGCAUGGAUGUCCAUGAUACACCAGAUAUAUCACGCUCUAUUCCUCUGCAGUCAGGGAUGAUAAUCACAAUAGAGCCUGGUAUUUAUAUUCACGAUGAUGACAUUGCAGCUCCUGAAAAAUUUAGAGGACUAGGAGUCCGUAUUGAAGAUGAUGUGGUCAUCACAGAACAAUCCCCUAUAAUCCUUUCUGCUCAGUGCCCAAAGGAAAUCUAUGAUAUACAGCAAGUUUGUGGAAUGUAGAAUGCAUAAAUAUUCUAAAAUUUGUGAAUCCAUCUUCGGGCUUAUAUCUAGGAUAAGAAGAUAAUAGGAACUUUUUACAAUACAUAUUAAAAAUAAAAGUUUCAAAUAAAUUUAAUUUUAAAGUUU